AUGGAGCUCGGUGGAUACCUCAUGUGUGACCUAGGACUAGGCUUCGAUGAUGGCGAUGGCUUCAACUUUGGCAACAGCCAAACGGUUACCUGCCUUCCGUCCAGGACCAAGAGCUCCUCGUAUGCCUCGAGCUUAGGACCGUACACGCCAACUUCUGGACGGUCAACGCCCCCUGGCCCGGGCUCAAUGGACUUUGCUCAUUCGUUCGGCGACUCGUAUUCCUUUGAGCCCACUCCGCCAUCAUCAGCCGUGUCGACUUACUUCCCCAUGGGCUUGAAAACAGACGAUGCUUCCAACUUCUUUCCACCCAGCCUUCCCGUCACACCGUCGCGGAACCAGUUAGACUUUUCCGGCCUCCCCUACCAUGAUUUCGUAUGCCAGCUGCCUUCCUCCCAAGCCCCGGGUCUCUACUCUUUCCCCAAUGACAUUGGACCCUCGCCAUUCGUGCCCACACCUACACAGACAGGCCAAGUUGGUGAGACCUGGGAGGAGUCCUGGACCGCCUGGGCACAAUCAGACAGCCCCAUCACCUUCAAGCCUCAGCCUUCCCCGGAGAACAGUGCUCACCAGUCCAUGGCAGCAACAAUCCAAAACCAAGAGGAGGAUAUGACACCGCCUUUCACUUUGGGGGUUCCAAGACGCCGACUCUUCAUAGACGAUGCCAGGCAAAAGUCGACGGCGUUACAGAGAGUACAAGGUAUCCGAACGCGACCAAAACCCGCAAAGGUCAUUGAUAGCUUUGUCAGUGAGGAAGGUUUCGCUAUCCAGAAGAUUCCCUCGGGAAGGUUCAGGUGUGACCAUCCCCAAUGCUCGUCCAAGCAAUACAAGAGAAUGGAGCACCUGAAGCGACACAUGAAAUCGAAACAUGGCGAGGAAGAAUACAGGUGCGAGUUCUGUCUCAAGACGUUCAACCGCAACGACAACAGAAGACAGCACCAACACCUCCACACAUUGAAGGACCGAAGAGCCCCAAGGGUGAAAUGGGCUGACGGGGCUGAGCAAGCAUUGGAGGAGGAGCUCAAGCGGAUCAAGACUCGUCGACGAGUGACGACCAACAAGAAGCGCACCACGAUCUGA